AUGACCAAGAAGAUGGCCACGCCCGAGUCCGAUUGCGAAACAGAUGUGCUUUGCCCGCGAUGUAGGUCUAUAUUCAGCGGCCAGCAAAUUCUCAAGUCCAGAAGCGAGCAAUUCGCCAGCUGGCCGCCACCAACCCACCACCCGUCUGUCAGCUCGUUUGAGGAGGCAAUUCGUUCGGGAUGCGUCAUUUGCAACCGCCUAUGGUGGGGGUUAAAAAGGGCAGGCCAUGGUGAUCUCAGAGUGUUUGACGAGGAACCUGGUUUCUCGUACUGGACUCUGUUACGCGGGAGGGAUGAGGGAAUCGAUCUAGACAUAAAGGUGUUCUAUCCAAGCAGUCUGUCUUAUCCAUAUGGCGGUACCGAACAGUGGUCGUUUACACUUGGCCAAUCUGUAAUAUCCAGCGAAAGAUACGACGGUGCUACAACAAACGUACUUGCUGAUGACGGCACUAGUACAUCGUCCAAGGCUUCUUGGGAUCGAGCUACUAGUUGGUUAAGCCAGUGUCGAAACCACCACGAGACAUGCAAGGCAAACAAAGGGUGUUCCUCAUUCCUUCCUACUCGACUUCUCGAUCUAUCUUCCGACGACAAGCAGAUAAGACUAGUAGCUGGAGAGAAGAGAGUUUGUCAUGAAUACGCUACUCUCAGUCAUCAUUGGGGUGACUCUAACAUUAUUCGUCUUCGUAUUGACAGCAUGGCCCAAUUUCAGGUGGGAAUCGACAUCGACGAUCUUCCUCAAACUUUCAAAGAUGCUGUCGAAGUUGCAAGAAAACUUGAUAUAUUCUAUCUGUGGAUAGACGCUCUUUGCAUCAUCCAGGAUGAUCCAUCAGACUGGCACACGGAAUCUGCACUCAUGGGAGAGGUCUAUAGUAAUGGCGUGUUAAACAUAAUGGCCACGGCUUCCCAGGAUAGUCACCAGGGACUAUACAGAGACAGAGACCCCCGGGAGCUGAAUCACUGCAGCUUUAAAAGCUCCUGGACUGGAAUAGAGGAGCAGCAGUUGACGGUCGUGGACUAUAGUCUGUGGAGGGAUUUAAUUAUGCGGGCACCAUUGAACGAGCGCGGCUGGGUGGUCCAGGAAAGAGUACUGGCGCCGCGAACGUUGCAUUUCGCGGAGAACCAACAAGCAUGGGAAUGCCACACCAUGGAAGCCUGCGAAAUGUACCCGGACCGCCUGCCAAUGCGUCUUGAGAGUUUUCACAGCCGGGUCAAACUCAUUGAUGCUGACGCAUACAAACAGUGGCUGACUUCCCGGAGGGAGUAUGAUCCCGCCACUCAUGUUGGUUAUGAUGUUUGGGGCCGCAUCAUCGAAAUCUAUAGCGGGACCCAACUCACGAAGGAGGCGGAUAGGCUGGUUGCCAUUAGCGGCCUUGCUAAACGUAUGCGCUUCAUUCUCAAGGAUGAAUACCUUGCUGGCCUCUGGGCUAGGCACCUCCCGUAUCAGUUGGCUUGGUACAUUGCUUCGCAAGGUAGAGACGGAGGUAAAGGUCGUCGAGUUGAGAAAUACCGAGCCCCUUCUUGGUCAUGGGCAUCUAUCGAGGGUCAAGUGGGAAUGAUGACGGUAGAGCGUGCGGCAAAUCCGGAAAGUCUCAUCGAGAUCGAGGAAGCGAAAACCACACCCUUCUCAAGUAUCAACGAUACAGCCGAAGUCAUCAAUGGAUAUAUUCGUUUAACAGGCCAACCGUUCACAGCUGAGAUACUUGGUCGUGAUGAAGAGGCGGGGAGAUCCGAGUUGAAGUUUCAAAUUGAUGGGAAGGUGGUUGGUGGUACAGUCCUCUCGGACGAGCCCAUCAUCGCGAAACACACAUCAGUUGUUUGCCUCCCUGUGUAUCGCGAAAACAGAGAAAUAGGAGAAUUUCUUUGCUCUUUGAUUUUGAAACCUGCAGAGGGCCGUCCGCAAGGUUGGUAUUCUCGGAUCGGAGUGAUGUACUGGCCCGACGGGGCUAGUGAAGGCAUGGAGGCGUGGAGGGAUGUCUCAAAACAACUAGAAGACCCAACACUCAGGGACAAGUUCCUCGGGCUUGAGAAUUCCUUUGGAACUAUUAUUCUAAUCUAG